CCCGCGUCAAAAAGAGAAAAAAAAAAAACCUUACAAAACUCCUCCUCCACCACCACCUCCUCCUCCUCCCCUCCUCCCUCCUCCGCCCCACCCGGCGAUCCCCCCCACCUCCCAAGACGUCUUCCCCGGCGUCCUACCUCCGAUCGCGAUCGCGGGCGCGGUCGCGGUCGUGCUCGGACGCGGCGUCCAUGUCGUCGUCGGCGUCGGAGCAGCCGCGCGGGGACCAGGUGUGGUCGUCGUCGUCGCCGCCGCGGUCGUCGACGCCUCCCCCGCAGCCGCUCGUGGGGGGCCUGAUCGAGUCGCUCUCGUUCCGGAGCUGCGGGUUCGGCCGCGCCGCCGUCUCCGCGUUCGAGAAGGAGGACCUCCGCGCCCGCGCCGCGCUGCCGCAGCGGCUCCGGGCCGCGGUCCACGCGGCGCUGCGUGCCAAGGACCCCUCCGCGGGGGCGUUCGCCUACGUCGCCGGCAACGCGGCUGCCCGGGGUGGGCGAGGAGGCGGCGGCAGCGGCGGCGGCCGCGAGGUGUCGGCGGCCAACCCGUGGUUCGAGGUCGCCCACGACGACGCCCCCGAGUCCCCCCUCGUCGCGUUCGUCAACCCCCGCAGCGGCGGCCGCCUCGGCCCCGUCCUCAAAACCCGCCUCCAGGAGCUCAUCGGCGAAGACCAGGUUUUUGAUCUUACUGUUGUGAAGCCUUCUGACUUUGUGCAAUAUGUUUUGGGUUGCUUGGAACAACUUGCUGACGCUGGUGAUCACAGUGCAAAGUCCAUUCGCCAUAAUCUAAGAGUCAUGGUUGCAGGAGGUGAUGGUACAGUAGGUUGGGUGUUGGGAUGUUUAGGAGACCUUUAUGUUCAGAACAGGGAACCAAUUCCUCCAGUUGCUGUUAUACCACUUGGGACAGGAAAUGAUCUUUCCAGGAGUUUUGGCUGGGGUGCUUCAUUUCCUUUCGGAUGGAAAGCAGCUGCUAAACGAUCUCUGUACAAAGCUAUUUUUGGUUCAGUUUCUUGUUUAGACAGUUGGCAUAUUGUUGUUUCUAUGCCAGAACGAGGAGAUGAAGAGGAAGAACUGGAUUUUCCUCACUCCCUUAGGAAUCUUGGAGAGUGUACCUUUUAUGAUGACGGCACUGCUGAAGGGGAGUUGCCUGAAACAGUUUCUUGCUUUGAUGGCGUAUUCUAUAAUUACUUCAGCAUAGGUAUGGAUGCUCAAGUGGCGUAUGGAUUUCACCAUCUACGGGAUGAAAAGCCAUUCCUUGCUAGUGGUCCUUUAUCUAAUAAGUUAAUUUACGCAGGGUAUACCUGCAAGCAGGGAUGGUUUUUUACACAAUGUGUCAGCGACCCUGAACUGAGGGGAUUGACGAACAUUAUUCGUUUAUCAAUAAAGAAGUUGGACAGCUCUGAGUGGGAGAACAUCCCUGUACCAUCAAGUGUCAGGGCUAUUGUUGCAUUAAACCUUCACAAUUAUGCAAGUGGAAGGAAUCCAUGGGGAAACUUGAAGCCUGAAUACUUGGAAAAGAGAGGAUUUGUCGAAGCUCAAUCAGACGAUGGUCUUCUUGAAAUAUUUGGAUUGAAGCAAGGGUGGCAUGCAUCCCUUGUGAUGGUUGAACUAAUAUCUGCAAAGCACAUAGCUCAGGCAGCAGCAAUACGAUUGGAGAUCAAAGGUGGGCAAUGGAGGGAUGCAUACAUGCAAAUGGAUGGGGAGCCAUGGAAGCAACCAUUGGACCACGAGUACUCGACGUUCGUCGAUAUCAAGAAGGUCCCUUACCCAUCUCUAAUCAUCAAUGGUGGGGAUCGUUAGUAACAACAGGAGAGCCAGCCCCAGAUUUCUUUGCCCUGACCUUUGCUAGAGCUGCCAAGGAAAAAUUUUCCAAGCUGGAUUCCAACUUGGAAGCCAGACUUAACCCUGACUAUUCUUAACUAUCUCACUGUAUAUGAAGUUUUGAGGAUAUGAUAUUUUUGCAGGGGACGCAGCCAUAUACCCCUGUGCUUUGAUCCAAGUUCUCAAUUAACACUGCAUGAAGUAAUUGCUACAUGCAUUUUUUUUUACUAAAUGUACAGGGAAAAAAAAAAGAACAUCCGGACUUUAUGCCA